GAGUGUCGGUGUGUGUGCGUGUGUGUGUGUGUGUGUGUGUGUGUGUGUGUGUGAGUGUGUGUGUGUGUGUGUGUGAGUGUGUGUGUGUGAGUUUGGUGCUGUUGUUAUUUUCCCGUCUCAGUCGUGCGAUGCCAUUCCUCCCGAAGGACGCCGAGCGGUUCGAUGGGCUGUCUCUCCUCUACUGGACGAUCAUGGGCCCGCACGGCAUCAACCGAGCCGUCCACCGGCUGGAGUUCUGCGACUGCAAGAAGGGACUCGGUGUGAAGAUAAUCGGAGGUUACCGAGAGAUGACAGGAGAAGAGUUCGGCAUCUACAUCAAGCGGGUGAUCGCCGGAGGGCUGGCAGCUCUAGACGGUCGACUUAAGUCAGGUGACCUGAUUCUGGACGUCGAUGACAUCAGUCUGAUCGGGGUGACCAAUGACAGGGCGGUGGAGAUCCUGAGGACCGCCUCGCUCUCUAAUCACAUGUCGCUGUUGAUCACCAGAGACGAUGAAUCCAGGAGGGAGUUCUCUGAGCUCAUGGAGAAGUACGGCUCUCAUCACUUCACGUCUUCAGGGAGAAUCUCACCCACUCAGCUCUCCACAGGGAAGAUGACGGACACGGCCUCCUCCUCCUCCUCCUCCCGGUCGGAGAGCCCUCAGCUCCUCAGUCCAAAGGAGGGGGCCACCUCGUACCCCCACGCCCCCCCCUCCUACGCCAUGCACACGCCCCCCCACGCCUUCAGCGACAGCGGCAUUCAGUUGAUUUGCAUCGCCAAGGCAACCGGCCCGGGGCUCGUCAUCAAGGGCGGAGCCAACCAUGCAGAAGGACCAAUGGUGUUCAUUCAGGAGAUAGUGCCUGGGGGAGACUCCCAGAAGGACGGCCGGCUGCAGGUGGGAGACCAGCUGGUGUCCAUCAACAAGGAGUCUCUGAUCGGCGUGACGUACGAGGAGGCGCGCAGCAUCCUGACGCGCACCAAGCUCAGACCGGACCCCACGGUGGAGGUGGCCUUCAUCAGGCAGAGGUACUCCUCCAGCUCCAGCAGCGGGCCCCACAGCCCCGUGUCCCUGCAGGGGUCCAGCUGUGGAGGUGGACCCCAGACCAGGGCCCAGGGGCCGGGCGUCGCCAAGAUCACCGCCAGCCGGAACCCGGCCUGCGAGACUCUGCCGGUGGUCAACGUCAGCCAGGUGCGAGUGUCUCCAGCCAGGAGCGAGCCGACGCGUGUCUCCUCCCCACCAGAGGGCAGCAUCGCGGACACCAGCCCCGAAUCGUCCAGCAGUCAGCAGCUUCUGCUCAGGAGGCGUUCCCUCAGCACCUGUCGGCUCAACCUGGAGAGACUGGAACAGGCUCUGGAUCUGCUCGGUCUGAAGCCCUCCGACGCUCAGCGACAGGCACUCCGGUCCAGACUCCCAGCGGACCGAUCCGGCACGGUGGCCUUCGCGGACCUCGAGCGCCACAUCGGGGAGUUGUUCAGGCCUCAGCUGGAGCAGCUGGCCGCCAGCCGGCCGCCGUUCACGUCCGACGACUUGUCCAGUUUGUUGGAGUCGCCCACCGACCGACGGCCGUCGGCCUCGGACUCUGAGGACCUGGAGGAGAUGGAGAGGCUGAGGAAGGAGCACAUCGAGGCUCUGAAGGAGGUCAAGAGGCUGCAGGAGCAGCUGGUCGAGUCUCAGAGAGUUCACCAUCAGAUGGAGGAGGAGUUUAACCAGGUCAAACAGGGCGUGAAGCUCGAAGCAGAGGAGAGCCGGGCUCUGAGGAUUCGGAUCCAGCUGGCCGAGGAGGCUCAGAAGCAGGCAAGAGGGAUGGAGAUGGACUACGAGGAGGUGAUCCACCUGCUGGAGGCCGAGAUCGCCGAGCUGAAGACGCAGCGGGCGGAGCCACCGAGCGAGAAGGAUGAGAAGGACGAGCUGAAGAAGAAGGUCGCCGUCCUGGAGUGCCAACUACGGAAGAGCGAAGCGGCCAAAAAGGGUUUUGAGUUGUCGACGGGAAAGCUGUUGAGCUUUGUGGAGAACAUUCAAGAAUUUCUACUUGAGAGUCACGGACCAACAAAGAGCUACAGCUCCGGAGACGUUAAAGUGGGGGCGUCGUCUCAAGGCCUCCCCCCCCGCUACAAGAAGAGUCCCUGGACGGCGGCCACGCUCGCCCAGGAGGCGAAGGAGCUCACGAGGACUGUCAGAGCCAUCCUGGAGGUGGACUUGCUGACCUUCUAGAGGACCCGGCCGAGGCGUCUGCAGGACAUCAGCAGCCAACCCAAACCCUCUCCUCCCCGACACCUCCUCAUCUCCUCACCUCCUCAUCUCCUCAGUACCUGCUAGCAAUGGACUCUUGUCUUAAUGAAACAGUCAAUAAGCCACCCAACGGCGGUUUGAUUCCGGCGGUUUAACCUAAAUGACAUGCAUAAAGGUGCCAUCAUCAUUUAAAUGAAUAAUGUGUGUUUUAAUAGACGCUCGUCACUCUCUGAAACAACCAGUGGAUCUUUUGGAAGGAGAGCGCUGGUCAGUGGACGGACUCCUGGACAGUUUGAAGCUUUUGGAAGCACCUUAUUCAUUAUGGGAGGGAAUUGGCUCCAAAAUACAGGAAGCUAUCGUGGGCCUUUUGUCUUGAGAUCAAAGUGGAUGUUAUGAAUCCAUCUUCUAAAUUAACUUAUUGUCCUGUAUGUGACCGAGCUACCGAGCUAACGAGCUACCGAGCCAAACCAAUAGAACCAGACGGGAGGUGACUGUGUUAGUGGUGUUACUGGGCUCUCAUUUAUAAAACAUGUUUUACACAUUUAGGAUCCACACUAGAGAGAUUCUGACUCAUCCAAACUAUGAAUAUCAAUGCAGAUGACUCGUUAGCGUUGAUGAACAGAAAUGAGCCGGUCGUCCUCUCGUGAUCGUGCAUCCAUCCGGCAGCAUUAUGAGCAGGAUGGAUAUGAGACUGCCGACAGCACUGAGGACAUAUUGAGCCCAAUAUCAUUUGAGAUUUAUAUUGUAUUCAUAUGAGUUUAUAUCUUUCUUACGGAAUAGUUUAGCUGCUGGUUUUAAUGUGCAUUAUAAAGUUGAAACAAGUACAAAAUGUAAUAAAUCAUCACCGCCUGGGCUGCGUACAGGAGUGUUGUUACAGAUCAUGUGAUUUACAGAUGAAUGAGAACUGGUGCUCGAGUUAUGUAAACGGGCCGUAUUAAUGUCACAUAACAUUACCAUACCAGUUGACAUUUUUUUAAGUCUGAUAUUCCGAUUCUCUUACAAGAAGUAAUUUGAGAGCGACUCUUUUCUCCAACGUCCUGGGAAAAAUGUUUUCAAGCAACUGGAAAAAAGAACAGCAACUGUAAGCUUCUCAUAAAAACUACAUUUAACAACGGUCAUGAAGUAUCAGCCGGUCGGCGGUCGAUCAAUCUGUGCUCAGCACGUGAGCUCAGAACCACAGAGAGCAGAGCAUUGUGGGUAAAGCGAGCGAUGGACAGAACGUCCUUUAGAUUCACUCCACCUCAACAACACCUUCAUGUAGCACGCAAUACAAACCUUUCACAUCAUGUGGUUUCCACUUCCUGUCGAGAUACAAUAAUAGCUUAUAUGGAUACAACUGUAGCUUCCUGCCUGUGUUCAGCUUCGUGCUUCAGAUUAGCAACCAGACAAAGACAGACCACAGAAACAUGAGGCCCAAGGAAGAAGGCAGACAAUAGAGGAACCACAACGUUCAUGUUGGAAUGUGGCCAGUAAAGGACAGUUCUAGCCUAAGUGGACGCUUUAGAUGCUUUCAUUUGCUGUUUGUCCUGUAUUCUUUUUCUGAGUAAAUAUUCUGAAACAAACUUUUCAUGAGUUCUUCUUCUUCUGUGCAGAAGCUUGUUAUGAUUCCCUGAUUAUUUCAGAUUGUAGCAGCUGGAAGUCUAAAUAGAUCCCCUGGGCCUCGACUGAUAUACUAGAAUAAAAUGUAAAAGGUCUUUAUUCACUGUUAAGAUCAUUCAAGACAUUAAGUAUAUAUAUAGUGACAAGCGUAUCAUAGCAAUGUUUAGCAUUAGCAUUGUACUGUGCUAACGUUAGCUCCUCUAACAUUUUAGAAUUCUCUUUCAACAUCUCUGGGUGAUGAGUAUGACUAUUACGCAAUAUUUUACAUGAUGAGCUCCAAAUCCAUGAAACCGGUGAUGAGAGUCAGCAGAACGACGUUCAUGGGAUUGGCCAGUCUGCUUUCGAGGGGCGGGACUUAGCUUUGGGUCAAUUGGCUGAAUUAAGCUAAAGGUCGUCAGCAUAGAGAGAAACUCAACGUCCCAGUCCAGCUCUCAAAAUACCAGUGAGGUGGAAAGGGGAAAGCACAAUAUUUAAAAGUCUUUCAAUUAGUAUUAUACAUAUUUGCCAUCAUCUGGCAGGUCGAGGACCCGAGCUGCAUGCUGA